CCAAGUUUGACAACCUGGCGCAUGCGCGUCUAGAUACUUGUACAUAUAUAUCAUGAUAUGUGUGACUUGCAAAGCUUCAGUUCGGCAUUUCGGCAGUCUGCUAUCACGAUAUGCGCACAACGUCGUGACAGAAUGCGCGUCAUGUACGUCAUCGAGUAUGUCGAAAAUUUGCGCGGGAAAAACUUGUAGAUAUCUCUGCGUAUUUCUUGGAAGAUCACCGGCGGCGAUGAGCUUCGCAUCGAGGCUAGACGAUGAGUAUCGCGCGAACGGGAACAUAAUUUCAUGUAUCAUUGGCAACGAGAGCUGCCGCUGCCUCCGGCCGAGAGGAAAGGAUGGAAUUACGACUUCUUAUCACAAAGCCACGCGCGAAAAGUCGUGGAUUGCUCAUCUGCUGCAUCGUAAUGGUACUCGCUUCACGAACGAGAGGAAACGGAAUAAAAUUAUCAUGUCCAACAAGGAAAAAAAAGAUUUCCAUUCCUGCUCUGCUUUCUUUUGCAAGAAAAUGACGCUUUUAUUCUUAGAGAAAGAGACGGCAAUUCUUGCUACAAAAAAGCGAAUGAUAGCCUUCGUGGAUCAUUUGCAUAUCUAGGAUCCAAAGACUCAUCUCCCACGCGUGGAUUCCUGCUCGUCUCUUGCGAGCCUCCUUUUCCGGAAAUACCGGCCGACCGAUCGACCUUGGAUGGAUCAGAACAGGAAUGCUUUCAGAAUCAUCAUGAUCAGAUUCGCGAUUUUCGUCCUUGCGAUUAAUCUUGCGAGUGGCCAGCUUAACUACGAGGGAAACCCGUUCACGGAAUACACCGAGUACAUUGCUCAAGAGAGCAAUCUUUCUGAAAAAUCUGCCAGGAAGAAUGACGCCCCUUUCAAUUUCUCGAACUCCGGAUCAACGCAUUCUCAGAAGCUGUAUCCGAUCAUAGAGUCCGAAAGCGACAAACAUCUACAGCAAGUGUCGGAACCCGAGAAUGGCCUUUUUACGGAUAAAUUGCAAAAACAAGCUUCGUUCUCGAUCCAGGUCGUCCGACCGAACGUUACAGAUAUGCAUUCAGCUCGACACUUCCAAGUCUCUUCGGACCAGAACACGGCGGAGUUCGCGCUGAACACGUUCCUGAACUCCAAGACACCUGAAGAGUCCCGCUUAUCUCUGGAUCACUAUAUCCGCAGCCAAAACUCACCAACAUCUAACCAACACUCGCCGAACGCUCAAUACCGAUCCUCCAACGUACUCAUCCAUCAGGAUAAAAAGGCGAUUGUCGAACCAACGCUCGACGUUCAGCGGCCAUUAAUCUCGCAAGUCGAGCAACAGCAGCAACAGUUAGUAGCUCCUCAGGUAAAUCAGCAGCUGACAUCGCAAGUGAAUCAGGGUCAGCUGGUGCCGCAGCUGGUGCCCCAGGGCCAGCUGUUACCGCCCACCGGACAGGCUUAUGACUACGUGGGGCAACCACCUCCGAUUCAGCCCGUGAUCAGGGCACCUGCGGGAGUCAUCCUGGGACAGGGGAUGUUGCAGCCGGUACCGCUCAUGUCCGGCUUUCAGAGGAGCGACAUGAUAACGCCAGCGAUGUGGCGAGAAAGGAUGAGAAGAAUUCGCGGACAGCCGUUCCCGUUUGCGCAACCUAGGUUGACACCAGGAGUGUACAAAGGAGCGAUUGCAGUUCCCUUCAAGUCCAAGGCUCCGAUCGAGGUGAUUUAUACGAAGCCACCGGGUUUCCAUCGAGGACCGCCCAUCAUCAGCAAUCCGCCGAUUCCCUACGAGGAUGCGAGCGCCUGGUUCCCGGAAGCCGAUCAUCCGCCAUCUCAGAAGGAUGUCUAUUAUUCGCAGCUAUACGCGCAGUCCUACGAUCCUCAUUAUUACAAUUACAUCGCCACGACCGGGAAGAUACGGCCGCAUCUCUACGGGAAGCUGGGCAAGAACGAGGAGGAAAAGGACACCGGCAUCUGGUCGGAGCUGUACCGCGGCUUCACGAAGCACGGCCUGAAGAACAUCAUGACGCCGACUUUUCUGCUAGGUAUGACGCUACCGGUGGUGACCCUGAUGCUCUCCGCCCUCGUGCAAAAACGAUCCAUCGCGCGAUCGGACGGGGCACGAGAGCUGGAUCAGGAUGUUCUACGAGAGUAUCUCGAGAGGCUGCAGAGAGCGAUGGAGUGUUACGCCGAUAGGAACUCUCAAGGCGCGAAACUAGACGCAUGUUAGAAUUAAAAGUGAAUUCUUAUGCUGGACGAGCCGUUGAAUGGAAUGAUGGCGCGACUUAAAUGAGGCAAAGUAAUCCGGUCUUAAUGCCAAUGUUGGUAUUAAUUAUUCAGGCCAUAAAAACGCAUUGUAAAUCUGAAAAAUUAAUGUGUCAUAGCGAAUGUAAUAUUCUCUGAUUACUCUUUUAUUAUCGAAUAAGAUUGAUUUAUUAUCGACAUUGAUGCUAGGACCGGGAUAUUUUACCGCGUAAUACUUAAAGUACUAUUUCAUUCGACGGCUUAAAUGUGGCUGUUUGAUUCUGAGAUUUAUUUAUGAAAAUUACGCCUCUUAAUUUAAUGAAGUAAAAAUUGAAUAGCCACAUUUUACAAUAAAUAUAUGGUGAGAGUAUGGAUUUUAUUGAUGCUUAAAUCGUGAUAAAGAACACUAAUAUUGCGCGCGCUGUGUAGAAGUAAACGUGUAAAAUGCUUUUAAGCGGCCAUGCUGACUAACAGGUGUGAUAGUUACGACCUAUCAUUUUUUCGAUAUGUCACACCUAGAUAUUUUCUUAAGAAACAGGUCAUGAGAGAUCGCUGUUCAAUUUUUAAUAUCAUGAAUCUUUAGAAGUUGCGAGGAAACUUUGAUUUAUGUAUUAAAGGCAUUUUGAAACGACAUGAAUUUAUAAAUGACAUAAGAUGCCUUAUUCGCAAGAUAAGGGAUUGAUAAGUUAAUUAUUGCCGUACAAAGUACGUAAUAUAUAUAAACAUGCAUUUAUGAAUCAAUAAUUUCAUAACCGAAGAGAAAGGAUUCAUAUAUUAUAAGCAAAUUUAAUUUCGAAUGGAACGAUCGCUUCCGGCAAUUAAUGCAAAAAGCAGAUUGCUAUUUUUCGCACGAAUUACACUCUCGCGAUACUUUUAAUGAUACGCACGCGAUCUGCAAUGUAUUAUUAGUAUUGCGCAAGAGACCAGCGUCUCUCUCAUGUCUGUUGCAAGUCAUCACUAAAAAGAAAGAAAAAUCUGCCGAAACGAUUUUUCAAUCCCCCUUUUCGGUUUAAAUUUAGAAGAAUACAAUAACGUAAGGCGAGUCACGCAGACUUGCCGAUGUGCAUCGACUAUAUCUCGUGUAUAUAUAAUAUAAAAAUACAUAACACACAUAUAUAUA